AAUUCCUAAGUCCAACUACUCUCCUCUAACGCUAACUUCAACCCUAACGCCUCCUCCUCACGCCUAACUUAACAGUCCUCACACGAUCCACAUUCCACACUGCUCUGUCCAAGUUCCAACGGCAGCGGGAGUUCUCGGGCACCUUACACCAAGGAGGUACGUACAGAAAAGAGAAUGGACGAGGUUUCUGAAAAAACCCGUGAUGCAAUGACACCUUAUCCCAAUUUGCCCGGUGAUUACCACAACUGGCUAUCCACUGUGAUCUUUUUUCAAGAAGUGAAAUCCUGUAUCAAUGUGCUUGCUCGGGAUUGUGACACUGGUUGUACGUACUAUGUUGUCAACAUCGGUUGGGACGAGUAUAUUCGUCUUGGGGAAGUUGCAUAUACUGCUGGUGACAGUAAAGUGUUCUUUAUUGGUAAUGCCGACAGUCAUGAGGACCCGGCAAUUUUCUCUCAAGAAUGCAAAGUUUAUGAUAUUCCCAAGAGGCAGUGGCUGCUGGGCUACCCAAGGUUGAGAGCUUUCAUGCCCAAGCCAGUUAUGUUUUUUGUUGAUAUGCGGCUUUAUGUGCUUUGUAGUAGUAUGUCACGUAGACAUGCACACUUUGAGAUGCUGGAUAUCAAUAAUCUUUCUCGAGGUUGGCUUUCACUACCUGAACCCGCUUUUGUUUGGACAUGUGUAAGGGUCAGUACCCAUCCUAUAAUUAUUGACUACUCCAAGAGGAUGCUGUACGUAGGUGAGUCUGACUGGGGUCUAUACACUUGCACUAGAACACUUUAUGCUUUCAGCUUGAAAGAUAAGAUUUGGAAUAAGUAUCGCCAUCCAAAAUCUUUGCCACCUUGCACCUGUAAUCUUAUGAAAGCCAGUUGGUCAAGUGGUUGUGUAAUUGUAGAAAAUCACUUGUACAAAUUCCGAAUGUACAAAUACCCUGAGAAAUUUCAAGCUAUGCUAAUCAUCCGUAAUUUGGAGCAUAAUAUAAAGGUGCACAAUAAAGGAGUACAGCUCGAUUAUGUUGAUUAUAUUCACAGUCAUGGUGAUACACCCAUCGAUGGAACAUAUGAGGUUGAUCUCUCCCGCAUUGUUGACCCUAAUGUGCUUCUGCAUAAGCAUGCCAUUGGCAAGCUAAUUUAUCUAGGAAAGAGGAAUUCAGACGGAAGGUUUUGUUUGGUUAUCCGGUACUCUGUAUAUAAUGAUGUGCGUGACAGGACUGCUCAAUAUGUGUAUGCAUGCACGUUUGACCUGGAAUCAACAGGUGAAACUUUCUAUGUCAAGAAAGUUGGCAAGUCAACCAACUCUUGUGCAGAAGAGUAUCACCGGUUGUUAGUAUCUACAUGCACUUACUUGCUUCAGGGAAGCGAAAAAGUAGAAGAAAGGGUGGGGGAGGAGGAGGAGGAGGAGGAGGAGGAGGAGGAGAAGAAGAAGAAGAAGAAGAAGAAGAAGAAGAUCGAGGAGGAGGAGGAGGAGAAGAAGAAGAAGAAGAGCGAGGAGAAGAAGGAGAAGGGGAUCAGAAGCAUCAAGAGGAAGGGGAAGGUGAGGGAGGUCAAAAGCCUCCAGGAGAUCAAGGUGUUCAUCGGAAAGGAGGAGUAUAAGAAGAAGAAGAAGUGGCAGAGGGAGCGGGAGUUGGAGGUGGAGGAGAAGAAGAAGAAGUGGCUGGGGGAGAGGGAGCGGGAGUUGGAGGAGCGGAUGCAGGGGAGAUGGAGAGGGAAAUCCGGUAGUUGUAAUUUACGCCUGUUCUGGCAGUACUCAAACAUCUUUCUCACCGGGGAACAAGAUGUCCGCCUUGGGGAUUUUGGGCUUGCAAAAACAUUGAAGGCAGAUGACUUGGCUUCUUCGGUAGUUGGAACUCCCAAUUACAUGUGCCCUGAACUUCUUGCGGACAUCCCUUAUGGUUUUAAAUCAGAUAUUUGGUCUCUAGGAAUGCAUCUUUUUAUCAUACAUGUCAUACGACAGAGUAGUUUCCGAGUGGGUAGUGAGCAGCCAGUGAUGGACACCGUGGACAGAAACGUCAUCGCUGGGAAACAGAUGAAUGCGGUAAGAGAUGAAGUUGAUAAUGACAGUCUAGGUGCUCUUGGGGGUUGGGGUUCCAAACGCUGCUUCUUCUGCUGGAUCAGCGAUUCUCAAAUCCAAUAUCCCUGAUGGUGUCCAUAGUAAGGAGAUUGAUGUGAGAAACCACAGCAGUCCACAAAAUUUGGAUUCUCCAGAACCGGCUGCAGAGGAGGAAAGGCCGGUAAAGGAAAUGUUAGGUGUCAAGUCAUUUAGAUAGAGGGCAGAUGCACUUGAAGGUCUACUAGAAUUAUCUGCUGAUUUGCUGGAGCAAGACAGGUUACAAGAGCUUGCUGUUGUUCUAAAACCUUUCGGAAAGAACAAGGUCUCACCGAGGGAGACAGCUAUCUGGUUGGCCAAAAGUAUGAAGGGAAUGAUGCUCGAAGAUUCCCCGUGAAAUUCAUGAUCCAUUAUGCAGAUUGGUAUUUAAAAGUACUUGUUUUAUAGUGUAUCUCACAUGUUAUCUUUUUCAUUUUUCAAGCCAUUCAACUUCCUAUUGAAUUCGCGAAGAGAAGCAGCUAAAGAGGUGCUUAAUUUCCUUUUUCUCAUUAGUAACUAUGUAAUUCAUUCACUUCAGUAAGUGUAAAUAGAUAGAUAGAAACUUGAAUAAAUGUUUGAUCUGUAAAAUGUAAGAAUGUUUUGGAACACUAUUUUUCAUCAGAUAUUUGAUGCUGUGCACAAUUACAUCUCU